GGAGGACACAGGAAAUAACUAGUGCCUGAAAUCCAAGAAGCCCGUUUCGCACUCACGGCCCCUCUUCCUGAUAGGGAACCUCUCAGGAGAUUCUCAGAGACGGCUCCCUAGCUCAGCUGCAAGGGCGUCAGGCUACAUAAGACCCAGACUCUGCCCUUGCAGAAUGCCAGGCUGAGAUGAAGUCUGCUCAGGUUUGGAGCCACACCUUUGUUCUCUUAACAAACCUUUCUGGAGCCCCUACUGCGGAGACACUUUGCCUCUUCAGCCUUUUAGCUGGGUUAUCUUAGCUAGCUGGAACUGUUUCCUCAUCAGUAAAAUGGGCUUGUGGACAUGAGGUCUGGGAGAGGAGAUGUGGGCCUCACUUCAAAGUUGUGAAGACGUAGAACCUUCUGUGCCAGGACUCCAGGUCCCACCUCAACCCUCAGCCCAGGCCCUACUAGUCACUAGGCAACCAACCCUGAUCAUAGCCUUUGAUGAGCUGCGGACUGACUUCAAGAACCCCAUCGACCAGGGGAACCCAGCGCGGGCACGCGAGCGUUUGAAAAACAUCGAACGCAUCUGCUGCCUCCUGAGGAAGCUGGUGGUCCCGGAAUAUUCCAUCCACGGCCUCUUCUGUCUGAUGUUUCUGUGUGCGGCAGAGUGGGUGACCCUGGGCCUCAACAUCCCCCUCCUCUUCUACCACCUUUGGAGGUACUUCCACCGCCCUGCGGAUGGCUCCGAGGUCAUGUACGAUGCGGUCUCCAUCAUGAAUGCUGACAUCCUCAACUACUGCCAGAAGGAGUCCUGGUGCAAACUCGCCUUCUACCUGCUCUCCUUCUUCUAUUACCUGUACAGUAUGGUUUAUACGUUGGUGAGCUUCUAAGGGUGAAGCCGGCCAGGGAGCAAGCCCAGAAUGGACCGGACGCCUGUGCACCCCUAGCCCUGCCCUUCUGGCCACAGAGGCCUCAGCCCCGGGGAGACAGGGGGCACUGGUGCCUCCAGCCUCUUCACCCCCCCAAACUGCUGCUGCGGGGACCCACCCCCGCCUUCAGAGCUCUCCCCCUCCAACUAGGGCCAGGCAAAGCUCUCCCUGGGGUGGGGGCUCCACUGCUGGCCUGCAGUAGGCAUGGCAGUUGUCCUGGAAGAGGCGGGGCUUCCAGUCUUGUCUGUUUCCGGGGAACUUGGGCCCUGCCACCAGGCAGACCUUGAUCUUGGAAAUUCUGGGCAGCCCCCCGUGGCCCUCACCCUAAAGCUCCCCCUGCAGGUGGGGGGGCACCUGCACCAGGAAUGAGCAGGCUCAAUAUGGGGGCAGCCCCGUCCCUAGUCUGCCCUCUCCCCUCCCCAGGCGCUCUUUCCAACCCAGUCUCUACUUCUCCCAAACCCAGCCCACCUGCCCCUUGGACCUAUUUUCUAUGUUGCCUGGAGGAGUCCGGCACCCCUUCCCCGGCCAUUUGUGACAAAAUAUGAAUAAACAACUGAAAACACA